CACACACACGUGAACAACAGAGGAAACAAUAGGGUGAGUUCAGAUGGGUCAGGUAAUGAACGACACAUCAUCAGCGGUGCCAUCUGCCCUGACAGCAACAGAUCCACGGCAGCAGCCAAGACACCGGCCCAUGACGCCCAGUGGGGGAGGGCAGAAACCCCCACGACUGCCCGGGCACUACCCGAGGAGCGCCCCGGCUGCCGCCGCCGACCACCGGCCCCAAGGCAGAGGGCUCCGCAGAGGAAACACUGGAGGAUUAAAAUAUAUAACUGUAAAAUAACAAAAGCUAAUAUGGAUAAAAAGUAACUGAUAAAAAGUGAUUAUAAAGAUAGUAAAAGAAAACAUAAUCACGUAAAAACACUAAGAUGUAAAUAAAAUGAUAAAAUUAAUUAAAAGAGAUAAAUAUGUAUGUACGUAUAUACCGUAAACAAAUAUGACAGACGAUUCAGUUAAACAGACUAGAUGAAUAGUAAGCAGUUAAAAGCUAAGCUAGAAAGGUGGGUCUUGAGCCUAUUCUUAAAAGCCUGGACGUUUCCUUGGCCCUGAGGUCCUCCAGCAGCCCGUUCCAAAGGCGAGGGCCGUAGUACUUGAAGGACGCAAAGCCGUGGGUGAGUCUUAACUUUAGGGAUAACUAGGAGACGGCUGCAGAGGAGCGCAGAGACCGCGAGGGUUUAUAUAGUAAAAGCAUUACUGAAAGAUAAGAAGGCCUAAGACCAUUAAGACACUUAAAAACCAUUAAAAGAACCUUAAAAUCGACCCUGAAACAUACGGGGAGCCAGUGCAGUGAUUUUAAAACCGGAGUGAUGCUCCCGCUUCCUGGUCUUCAUCAGGACACGUGCUGCUGAGUUUUGUAAAAGUUGUAAACCUGAGAUGCUCUUUUUGGGAAGACCAGAAAGCAGGACAUUGCAGUAAUCAAUUCUACUGGUUAUAAAAGCAUGAAUUAGUGUCUCCGUAUUGGCCCGACAGAGAAUAAGGCAGACUCUGGCGAUAUUCUUAAGAUGGUAAAAACCUAUUUUUGUGAUGUUUUUAAUGUGGGGAAUAAAAGUCAGCUCAGAGUCGAAAAUAACACCCAGAUUCUUCACUUGUAGUGAUGGAUAAAAAGACAUUGAUUGUAGUUUAGGUAAAAGUUUCUCUCUCUGGGCCUCAGGACCGAUGACUAAAACUUCAGUGUUGCCUUGGUUGAGCUGGAGAAAGUUUUCAGUCAUCCAUGAUUAAAUAUCUUAGAUGCAGUUAAAAAGUGUUUCCAUUGGCUGUGCGUCAUCAGGAGACACGGAGAUGUACAACUGUGUAUCAUAACCACAAUUCUGAUCUCUUAGCUGAUUCUGUUUUAGGUCACUUUAUCAGAAGCAUCCUGUCAGUGUCACCAAAGAUACAAUAAAUGACAAAGAUAAUACAAAAGUUUUAAAAGGUGUAAAAAAAGUCUGACUCGUUAGGAGGAAUUGUAAACACGAUUUAUUUUACAGUAUUUGAAAAAAAAAACAAAGCAAAACAAAACAAACACAAAAAUACUUUCUACACACUCAAUAUCCUACAGAGCUUAAAAAAAGAAACUGUACCGAUGGCCAGGCCUCUGGUCCUGAUGCUGGUGGUCUCUCUUGAUUGACACCCAGCUUCUGUCAACAAAGCAGAGAACCGCGCAACCUCACGUCAGCAGACCCUCAAACUGCUGAGCCGCACAGCUCACUUGUGAUUGGCUCACAGUAAGAAAAUGUGGCUUCAGCCAAUCAGAGGCGCGCUUACUCUCCGACCAGUCGGUACCAACAUGGCAGCUCUCUGAGUUUUGGAGGAAGGGAGCUGGUGUAAAUAAAUACAGUUUGAACGUUUUAGAGACAACGACAUAAUCUGGCUGUUUGAGCCUGGGGCUUAUUGGACUGCGGGGGGAAAAUGUCGAGUGACGGAAACAAAAAACAGUUUUGGAAACGAAAUGCAGCGAAGGUUCCUGGCAGCAUUCAACAUGUUUAUGGAGCACAGCAUCCACCUUUCGACCCUCUUCUUCAUUCAGACCUGAUGAAAGCAGGUAACAAGCCACCUCCGGCCACACCGGGCAAGCCCAAGAAAGCCACCACUUUCCAGGAGUUUGAGAGCAUAACUAGUGAUGCCUGGGAUGUCGGGGAUGAUGACGAUGAGCUGCUCGCCAUGGCUGCCCAGAAUCUUAAUAUUGAGGUUGUCAUGGAGACGGCAAAUAAGGUGAUAGAGAAUCACAGCAAGCAGCAGGAGAGGCAGAGACACGAUGACACAACUGAGAUUGGUCAGAAGGAUGAGAAUACACAGGAGGAGAUGGCAGAGGAGGAGGAAGAGGAUGAGGAGGAUGAAGAUGCAGAUGCCCAAGUGGAAGAAGGAGAUGCAAUUAGUCCAGACGUCUCAUUCGCUUCCCUGAGCAGCCCCUUUGGUGAUGGGCGUCUUGUGAAGUCCCAGAGCGAAGCUCCAAUAGGGUCACCCAGGGAUGUAGCAGGUGAGCGAGCGGCCCUCCACAGACAGCGAUCUCUACCCCACAGACCGCCUGUCAUCCCCUUAGUGGCCCGCAUGGCGGACCAGAACACAUCUGGCACCCCAGCCAUGACCGAGAGGGAAGCAUCCCGUCUGGAUAAAUUCAAACAGUUACUGGCAGGGCCAAACACUGAUCUGGAGGAGCUACGGAAACUCAGCUGGUCUGGAAUCCCACGGCAGGUUCGACCCAUCACAUGGAAGCUUCUCUCAGGUUAUCUGCCAGCCAACGCUGAGAGGCGAGAAAGUGUUCUACAGAGGAAGAGACAAGAAUAUUUUGGCUUCAUUCAGCAAUACUACAACUCUCGGAAUGAUGAAAACCACCAGGACACAUACAGACAGAUCCACAUAGACAUUCCUAGGAUGAGUCCUGAAUCUUUGGUCCUGCAACCAAAGGUGACAGAGAUAUUUGAGCGGAUUCUGUUCAUCUGGGCCAUCCGUCACCCAGCCAGCGGCUACGUGCAGGGCAUCAAUGACCUGGUCACGCCUUUCUUUGUCGUCUACGUCUUUGAGUACAUCGAGGAGGAAGUGGAGAACUUUGACGUGUCCAGCCUUGAGGAAGAGGCUCUCAGAAACAUCGAGGCUGACAGCUUCUGGUGCAUGAGCAAGUUGUUGGACGGCAUCCAGGACAACUAUACAUUUGCUCAGCCUGGCAUUCAGAGGAAAGUCAAGGCCCUGGAGGAGCUGGUCAGCAGGAUUGAUGAGUCUGUGCAUCGCCACAUGCAGCAUUAUGAAGUAGAGUACCUGCAGUUUGCCUUCCGCUGGAUGAACAACCUCCUGAUGAGGGAGCUGCCGCUACGGUGCACCAUCAGACUGUGGGACACCUAUCAGGCUGAACCCGAAGGCUUUUCCCAUUUCCACCUCUAUGUCUGUGCUGCCUUCUUGGUGAAGUGGAGGAAAGAGAUUCUAGAGGAGCGGGAUUUUCAGGGCCUGAUGAUCCUCCUACAGAACCUCCCCACAAUGCACUGGGGCAACGAGGAAGUGAGCGUGUUGCUGGCUGAAGCCUACAGGUUGAAGUUUGCCUUUGCUGACGCGCCCAACCACUACAAGAGAUGAUGAGUGUGGCUCUCUGCUCCUCCUCUUCCUCUCCUCUCCGCCCAGACUUCUGUGGGCCUUUCUGCUACUAAGAGAUUCAAAUCAAGCAGUGAUUUAGGACAAGUGGUGUAGCGUUGUGACGAUGAUGACGAUGAUGUGGAACCUUUUUUUUUUUCUGAUCAGCUCUGAAAUGAACACUCCUGCAGUCCGACACAGAGACGGAUGCUUUGGAGCCCCGACGCAGGACUGUCGGGCUUCUGCUUAUUUUACACUACCACAGCAAUAUAGGUGACCCUUUUUCUCCGUUUGUACUGAUAAAGAACGUUUAAGGGCAUUUUUCCUUGUACAUUCUCCUUUUGGCCACACGCUCUGAUGGAACGCUGCCUCUCCUGGUUUUGCUUCAUGAGGGGAGGGAUUCAGAUUUUAAAUCAGAAAAUGUUCUCCUGCUUCCUGAAAGCUGAACAAAUCCAUCUCCUUCUCAUGUCGUCCUCCCUCCGUGUGCUGCUACACCCCAGUGGCAGGAGGCUGAAGGUCAGAAGAGUCUACAUUAAACACGUUACCUUUCAUCUGAACGGUCUGCGCCUUAAUAACUCGUCAUACACAAACUACAGGACUACCUCAGAUCCCACAGGAACAUAUUUGCAUGCCGCCAAAAAGCAAAAUGAAGUGAAAAAGAAAAAAAAACUGAUUCUAAAAAUCCAAAUUAUGCUCUUCUCAUUAAAGACAAAAGGCGAUUUAUAUUAGUAGCUCAGUUGUUUUUUUUUCCUUUGGUCUUGGUAUAUGAGGCUGUUUGAGCUAAAUCUACACAGAACAUCUUAUUAGAUACGUCAUAAAAUUUUCUUUAAAAACUGGUUUUCUGUUUGGAUUUGUGACGUUUUACCCAUAAAAAUGCCUUUGUGGUUAGCGUUUAAUGUGUCGCAUGAAAGUAAAACCGAAAUCUAAACAUGAGCAGACCUGUCACCACUCACACUGGGACCUUCUGAGAUCCAGACCAGCCUUCCUGCCUUUACCUACGCUCUGAGAUGGAGCCGAUAAAUCAGUGAAGUGUUUUUCUAACAAUAGCAGCCUCUUUCCUUCAGUCGGGCAUCUAGCUCUGAUCAUCGAUGACAUCAGCACUGCAGAACGCGAUGGUGGUCAGAUAAUCAGAGGUUCACAACUUAAUUGAAAGCGGUUAACAUCCGUAGCGUCCUGCAGCGCCUCUGCCAGGAACCAUUACUGUCACCCGAGCCGGCGGAGACGGGUGCGUAGGUGUGUGAAGGGGGAGACAGAGUGGGGGUGUUGUGCUUCUUUGGAUGUUUCGGUGCAGUUUUUUUCCCCCCUCUCUGAGAGCUGUCAGUCUUUGAUCACACGCUGGGAUUUUUUUUUACAAUCUGAACCAGUUUCACAAACCCCUCAUCUCCUGCUCUCUGACAAGAAAAACUGCACUUCAUUUAAAAGUCUACAGCCUUUUUCCUUCUCCAUUAGUCGUAUGAAAUAUAGAUAUUCUGUCAAUCAGCAUUUUAAAGAUAAAUCGUUUAGAUUUUAUUUUUUUAUGCCGGCAUUUGUUUACGUUUUCAAGUUGUGCCUGACCCUAGAGACGCCAUCAUGGUUUUGUUUUUGACUAUUUGAAAGGUGUUUUAUUUUUUAUUUUUUGAAGCAGAUUAAUAUUUUUCUGAGCAGCUGCAUCGUAAUAAAACUUACUCUCUUACCCCGUGUUCCCCUCACGAACAGAUCUGUCGAGCUUUGAUGCUGAGCCUGCCUCCGUGAAUGGGGUGUGACUUAUUGCUCAGCGUUUACGAAGGUAGAAGUGCUAAACGGUGUAAACAGUCCUCAUCCGCUCUGACAGGUCCAUUAGUCAGGAUGUUUUACUCAUCAGGUUGAACGUUUUGGUCGCUAGUCCAUGAAGCCAUCUAAGCUAAUGUGGACUGGAUAUUAGUUCAAUGUGAAGAAGAAAAAAACAAGGAAGAAAUGUCAAGAUUAAGAUUGAAAUGUCCAGAAUAAAGGCUGAGGCUAUGUCAUCGUCAGCAGGAGGAAGUGAACCCGUUGUGCUUCUGAACUGCAUUUUAUUCAGUGCCAUGCACCUGUUAGCUAAGCUUGCAGCAAUGUUUACAGCCGGAUUCAAAUGAUUUGCUACAGUCCUUCACAAUAAGAGUCUAAAACAGACACACAUACCUAAGCAUCUGAAGCCUAUAAAACAGUUGAACUGGUUUCUAAUCUUAAGAUGUAUUUGUAUAUUGGAGACUUUUAUUGUGAAGGAUCAAAGGAGGAUCUUCUAACCUUCUGGUACGAUCAUAGCCGCAAAACAAGAAGCACCACAGGAUUCACUCCCUCCGGCUGUUGAUGCGUUAGAUCCUGUUUCUCAGGAACCCGACUCUAAUCAGAACAUUUCCUGCAUUUUUUUGUUUCUUUUGCUCCUCAGACAUGAGAUGGGAACUGAUGGGUCCUGAGUAGUGUGGGCGGGGCCUACGCUGAUGCCAUCAUCAUGCUUUUUCUGUUUUGGUUUACCUAUUUGUUGAGGUCUGUAUCAUUGUAAGCAUGUGCAAUAAAUACAAAGCUUGACAAAAACAGUAACUGAGGGGGAAACGGGGGACAUAUUUCCUGUUUCUGGCAGUUAUGUUGCCUUAAAGCAGAGUGGUGUGUGUGUGUGUGUGUGUGUGUGUGUGUGUGUGUGUGUGUGUGUGUGUGUGUGUGUGUGUGUGUGUGUGUGUGCGUGUGCGUGUGCGUGUGUGUGUGUGUGUGUGCGUGCGUGCGUGCGUGUGUACGUGUACGCACGCACACAUGCAUGCUUAUGUAAAGAGGCUCUCAAACUCCUCAUCUGAUCAUUUAACAAAUCUUUAUUUUUGCAAUAAUUAUAUAAACAGUCAUUUCCCUUCAUCUGGCUCCUAUGUACAAAAAGGUGAUCAUUUAUUAAACAAACUGAUGUGAUUGUGAUCUCAAAUUAGCCUCUCUGCAUGCACACACUCACACAUCUCCAUGGCGAUAGCUGACGUCUGUCUGGAGCUUCUCUGUUUAUAACCCACUCUCUCUCACACACACACACACACACAGUCUUAGGUUUUCAAAUAUUACACUUCUGGGUCUUUCUCUCUGUUUGGUAAAGCAUAUUCAUGAAAAACAAACCCUCCCCCUUGAUGUAUUUUGCCUCAGAGAGCAGUCUAAUAAUACUAGAUUGUGUGGGUGACAGGAGUCGUGGAUCUUGAAUUUAAAAAAAUAAACCGUGUACAGAAACAAAUAUCUGUAAAUAGAAAGUGUAAAUAAAUCCUCUAUAUGAAAAAAAAGUAA